UGCAACUGAAAACCGGAAACACAUGUUUACACUGUAAAUAUUGCAGUUUCAUGAGUUUGUAUGAAACUUAAAAUACUUCUUGUUAUCCUGAGUACAAAACACAUGGAAUAGUGGAAUGAUGGAAGAAGCUGAUUCAGAUGAUAAGAGAAUUUUGGCUCAAUUUAAAAGUGAAAAUGGUGAUGUUACUGGAAAUGCUUUUGACUUGCCAUUGAAUGUCACUGCAGAUAAACUACAACUGAUUUGCAAUGCUUUGUUGACCAAUGAGGACCCAAUUCCUUACUCCUUCUUCGUGAAUGAUGUUGAAGUGACAGACACAUUGGUGAAGGCACUGGACAGUAAAGCCCUAGAUAACACAGAGCAAGUGCUUGACAUAGUCUACCUACCCCAGGCCAUCUUUAGGGUGAGAGCGGUCACUAGAUGUACCAGCACCAUCCCUGGUCAUGCAGAGGCUGUUAUCUCAGUGGCAUUUAACCCAGAUGGACGUUACCUGGCUAGUGGGUCAGGAGAUACAACGGUGAGAUUCUGGGAUGUAACCACGGAAACUCCUCAUCAUGUUUGUAAAGGUCACAAACACUGGGUGUUAUGCAUAGCUUGGUCACCUGAUGGAAAGAAACUAGCAUCAGGUUGUAAAAACAGUCAGAUUUGUGUAUGGGAUCCAGAAACAGGUCAGCAGAAAGGGAAAACUCUAAUUGGACAUAAACAGUGGAUAACCUGGUUAGCAUGGAAACCUUUUCACUUAGAUGCAGAUUGUAGAUUCCUUGCAAGUGGUUCCAAGGAUGGCACAAUUAAGAUUUGGGACACCCUGCUAAGCCAGUGCCACAUCACCUUGUCUGGACACUUACAGUGUGUUACAUGUAUUAAAUGGGGUGGAACAAACCUCAUUUAUUCCUCCUCCCAAGACAGAACCAUUAAAGUAUGGAGAGCAGAAGAUGGAGUUUUGUGCAGAACACUGCAAGGUCAUGGCCAUUGGGUGAACAUUCUGGCACUGAGCACCGACUACGUGAUGAGGACUGGCGCCUUUGAUCCAGCUAAUGCUAAUAUAGUUCCUCAGGACUCCCAGGAAUCGGCUGAAGAGCUAUCCAAAAUUGCAAAAGAAAGAUAUGAAAAAGCUAAGGGAACUGGUGCAGAGAGGCUCGUGUCCGGUUCAGAUGAUUUUACCUUGUAUCUAUGGCAACCAGAGGAGGAGAAGAAACCAGUCACCAGGAUGACAGGGCACCAGCAACUCAUCAACGAUGUCCGGUUCUCUCCAGAUACCAGGCUCAUUGCAAGCGCCUCCUUUGAUAAGUCUGUUAAGCUUUGGGAUGGAAAAAAUGGAAAGUUUUUGACGACAUUCAGAGGUCAUGUAAACAGGGUGUACCAGGUGGCCUGGUCCGCCGACAGCCGUUUGUUGUGUAGCGGAAGCUCCGACUCCACCCUGAAGGUGUGGGACAUCAGGCAGAAAAAGCUGCUAGUGGACCUCCCAGGGCACGCCGACGAGGUUUAUGCAGUAGACUGGAGCCCAGAUGGACAGAGGGUAGCUAGUGGGGGAAAAGACAAGGUUCUGAAAAUAUGGAGAAAGUAAUAGAUGGAUAUACACAGCUCUACUUGUCAAUCCUGUGAUAUGGCCUUAAGAAGGACAAAAUCUGAUUCAAAAUAAAUUCAUGAGAAAUUUA